AUGGGUUCAAAACCAAGAAUCUCCGCCGGGAGACGGCUGAGGGCGAGAUCAUCAAACUCAUAUAAAAACCUCUGUAAACCUGGAAUCAAUACAAGAUCCACCCACAUUGAUAGAAAUCACGGCGGCGGGUCGAUUUCCGACAAGCUGCAAGCUCUGAAGAGUUUGAUUCCAUCUCAAAAUGAAAAUGCGAAGGCCGAGGAGUUGUUUGAAGAAACUGCAAACUAUAUCGUACUCCUCGAAACCCAGGUUUCGGUUUUGCAGAAAUUGAUUGAUUUUUAUGGGUUUCAACCUCGUCAAGAAAAUGAAAAUGCUGUAUAG